AUGGGCUGUGCCUCCUGUCAGCUACCACUAACAUCAUACCACAACGCAAAGGGCGAGCGGAGGUGCCAGAGCCGGCAGGCGAACGCAGGAGUGUGCAUAAAUUCAUCAUUGACAAAGGGCCUCACACGGCGCAAGCGAGAGUGGGUCAUACCACCAACAAAGCUGGAGGAAAAUAAGGACUAUACCAAGAAAGAGUUCAUUGCCAAGAUCCGCUCAGACCAUGAUUUGAAGAGGCCAGUGAAAUACAGCCUGUCUGGACCUGGGGCCGAUCAGCCACCUGUCAAUCUCUUCAUCAUGGACCCAGAAACUGGCUUCGUGAGGGUCACUGGGAUACUGGACAGAGAACACAUUCAUCAGUACAACCUUGUUGGAACGGCCAAGUUCCUUGAUGGUACAGAAGCAGAGGAGAAAAUUGAUCUCGCAGUGGUUGUCAUCGAUCAGAAUGACAACAGCCCGAGGAUUGAGAUGCACACAGGCAGAGUCAGAGAAUGCAGCACUGUUGGGACGUUCAUAUUGAAUGUGACUGCCCUGGACGAUGACGAUCCGGGUACGAUUAACUCAAAGAUUGCCUACAGCAUUAUCAAGCAGACGCCUGAGGGUCACGGAAUGAUGUUUGAAAUCGACCGAUACACAGGCCAGCUGUCUGUGAAAGAGAUGACCCUCGACCGAGAGACUCAGGAUUUCUACGAGCUGGUCGUCCAAGGAGUGGACAUGGACGGGGCACCCAAUGGAAACACUGCUACAGGCACAGUGCAGAUCUCCGUAUGGGACAUCAAUGACAACGUCCCCACCUUGGAAAAAGAGGAGUAUGCUGGCAGUGUGGACGAAGGAGCCGUGGACGUGGUAGUGAUGAAAAUCAAAGCUAAGGAUGUGGAUUUAGUGGACACGGAUAACUGGCUGGCUGUAUUCAACAUCGUCAAAGGGAAUGAGGAAGGUCUUUUUGAGAUAACAACAGAUCCCAAGACCAACGAGGGCAUCCUGAAGCUGGUGAAGCCUCUGGACUAUGAGAAAAUCAAAAAGCUGGACCUGGGCUUGGAAAUCGAGAAUGUCGCUCCAUUCAUCAACGGCACUGCCUUGGCUCUUGGACUGGGUUUCGGGCCAGAUCUGGACUUGGACUUAGGUGGAGGUGGGGGUGCAGGUGCAGGUGCAGGACUUGGAGCGGGCCUUGGUCUGGGUCUGGGUCUGGAUGCUGGUUUGGAUGCAGAUCUGGGCUUGGAUGCUGGUUUAGAUGCUGGUUUGGGUUUGGGUGCUGGACUGGACUUGGACGCAGGCCUGGACUUGGAUGCAGGCCUGGACUUGGAUGCUGGUCUGGACUUGGAUGCUGGCCCGGAUUUAGACUUAGACCUGGGUUUAGGAGGAGAUCUGGAUGCUGACAUUGGACCAGGUGGUGGUGGUGCUGGCGGUGGUGCUGGUGCUGGUGGAGGCCUCUCACCAGAUGGCAAACCAAAGCGAAGGCCCAAGCCAAAACGGAAACCUAAGCCCAAAAAACGCCCCAAAAAGCCACAGGGGAAAAGCUACCCUAUUGCCAUUGCGGUGAACAACUUGCCGGACGGGCCCAGCUUUAUUCCCGAGGUAAAAGACGUGCCCUUGUCAGAAAACCUGGAGGACAUCGAACUUAACUCAGUCAUAGCUGUGUACCCAGCGGUCGAUGGGGAUACCGGAGAAGAGCUGGAAGAUGUCAAGUAUGCUAAAGGUCAUGACCCUGAUAACUGGCUAGCCGUCGAUGAAGACACCGCUCAGAUCAGAAUCAACAAGGUGCCAGAUCGAGAGUCCCCCUUUUUAGUGAAUGGCACAUACUUUGUAGAGGUGCUCUGUCUAGCUCAAGACGGAUCAGGCAAGACAGCCACGGGAACCAUUGCCAUAAAAGUAGAGGACACAAAUGACCACUGCCCAAAGCUGACAAACACCUACCAGAGCGUCUGUGACGAAUUCCCAGUUGUGUACGUGUCCGCUUUCGAUGAGGAUUUCAGUCCCAAUGCCGACCCAUUACAGUUCUCAAUCAUUACAGAGGAAACCACUGAUUCAUGGGAAAUGGAAGCACUCAAUGGCACAACAGUGGCCCUCAGUCGCCAAGACGGAGCCAUGUGGCCAGGAAGAUAUCGGAUCACCAUGCAGGUGUUUGACAACCAGGGCCUCUCCUGCCCUGAGAACCAGGUGCUGGAGCUGGAGAUGUGUACCACUAUCAGCCGUGAUAAACUUGCGGCAGGGGUUGCGGCGCCGUCUAAUUUCAAUCUCGGGCCAGCUGCUCUUGGUCUGUUACUCACAGGGCUGGGUAUCUUUCUGGGGGCCCUUCUUAUGCUGCUGGCUUGUCAGUGUGGCUCUGCGGUCUUGGCUGAUAGUUUCAUGGCAAUGCCGUUCGAUGCCAAGCAGUACCUGAUCCCAUACCACACUGAGGGCAAGGGGGACGUGAAGGAGUUUCCCACCCACCUACUUCCUGCGGUGACAUCCGAGGCAGAAGCUGAGGCCUUAAUCUCUGCAGCGCCCGUGACCUCUCAAAUGACCAGCUGCGAAACAUCCUACAGCCAAACACAGCAUAUGAGCCAUACGUUUGAGGCCAUGCAACAGGAGUCAAACAGGAAUAGCUGCAUGGUGGAGUAUGGCAUGUCUACGCAGGGACAGGCUAGCGCGGUCGGUAAUGCUAAUGCUAACCAGAACAGGUCAUCGUACAUGUCAUACUCGCAGCACAGUCAGAGCAACAGGAACUCGACUGGUGUGAUGGAGCUCUAUGAUGACAUCGCUCUACCAGACAAUUUCCUGAUGGAGUACUUCUCUCAGAAAGCAUGGUACACUGCUGUGCAGGGCCCACAAAAGGACACUUUACUGGAGUUUGGCUAUGAAGGUAGAGGAUCUCCCGCCGGCUCUGUGGGCAGCUUAAGCCUCCUGGGGGACGAUGACGACCUGCACUUCCUUGACGACCUGGGGUCAAGGUUCACCACUCUUGCACAAAUCUGCAAGCCGCCAGCACCCAUCGUGGACAUAAAGCUAGAAGAACCUAAUGUUAAGCUAGAGAGUUUGAUCACAGAGGUCAACACUAUCAGCACUAUCAACAUGUCCACUACACUGCCCAGGAUGGCGGUGGCUGAGAGCGUGCCCAUGGCCAUGCCUGUGGCCAUGCCCAUGGCCAUGCCUGUGGCCAUGCCCAUGGCCGUGCCCACCCAGACGGUGCUGGUGCAGCAGCAGCAGCCCAUGUACUACAUGGUGGAGCCGCAGGUGCAGAACACAGUGCUGCUGGCUGAGAGGCCUGCAAUGGGUCUGGGGCAGGGAGUCUUCCUGGUCAACGGGGGACAGGCGGCCACAGACGGGCUGCUGAUCCAGGGAGGAGGGCUGGUCCAGGGAGGAGGACUGAUCCAGGGCGGAGGGUUUGUACAGGGUGGAGGACUUGUACAAGGAGGGGGGUUGAUCCAGAGUGGGGGGCUGGUCCAGGGAGGGAGAUUGGUCCAGGGUGGCGGACUUGUACAAGGAGGGGGGUUGGUGCACGGAGGAGGACUGUUGGUGCCCAGCCCCACGUCCCCAACUACCAGGACCAUCUUCUCCGCUACUCUACCCAGGAUGCACCUCUAG